AUGUGGAUACUCAUAUACCUAUUUAUUAUAUGGUCCUCACUUCGAACGUGGGUUGCUGCUGUUGACUUUACGGUCGGGGAUAUUGUGAAUGAGACGGUUUCAACAGCGGUGUGGCCUACAAUGUCCCCUCAAAUGACGGUUGCCUUCAGGUCUCAAAGGGAUGUCAUGGGAAACUUAACUAUAGACCAGCUGCCGUAUGUAGGUUUGAACCUGCGGCAGGUCUUAUUUAAUAAUCAAACUAACAUGAUAAAUGAAGGUAAUAAUACUAGACUACUUACUCUGUUUAAGUCUAUGCUAUCCUCGGAGGUGAAUGCUUUUGUCCUGGACUUGGAACAACAUAGUAAUGACUUGAUGGUGGCAGAUACCACAUUAUUAUUCAGCGACGUCCUAACUGCUUUACAAUCUUUCAUUUUUAGUACACAAAACAACCUCUAUGCAAAUAUAAUGGUGCUAUUACUGAAUAUAUCAGCGUCUAUGCCAGAAAAUGCGGAAUACAGUUAUCAGAACCAAACUUUGAACACCACCUCUAUCCUGGACAAAAAUAUAGGAAGCACUUUUAUAUACAAACCUACAGAUUUACAAAGCGAUAGAGCGAAAAAUAAUACUUGGAACAUCUACGGAAAAUCAUCUAUCGAUGGCUGGCCUACUCUAGGUUCUGUAUUAUACGAACAAAAGAAAAGACUAGUUAUAGGAGAACUAACGGAUGUCCUCAAUGAAACUACUGCGCCGUACAUUUUCCCCCAUAAUGUUUUCCAUUAUGAACAGGGGAAUAUUACAUUGGAUUGUCCCUCUACUGUGGAGGGCCUUGUCAAUUUAUCAUCUGUUCACUGGAGGUUUUUGGACUCGCAGUUUAAUUCUGUAGAUAUUAAAGAGUAUAUUUCAUGCGGCGUAUCGCCAAUAAUAAGCAAUCCAGCAUAUAUUAAUAAUGUGACACAUUUAGCGGAUUUAAUCCAUGGAGGCAACGUUUGGUCAUGGGAUAACAAUCAACCUUCGGUUACUCGAUCAACGUCUAAAUCAGGAGACCUAUCCAGCGCGCUAGAAGCUUACAACUGCGUCCUUUUGUAUUACUUUGCCAAUAAUGAGACAGUGACAUGGAGAGUGGAUAAUUGUUAUAAUUCUAAUAUUGGACUCUGCAGGUAUAAAAAUACGGCAUUUAAAUGGUUGGUGAGGUCCAAUAAGGCUACAUACUUUGACUUUGAUAGUUACCAGGGAUCCAAAUGUCCUGAUCAGUACACGUUUAACAUUCCAAGGACUCCAUUGGAACAAAGAUCAUUGAUUUCUUAUUUGAAGAAUGCCUCCUUUCCCGAUACUCAAAUAUGGAUAGAUCUAAACUCCAUAUCAGUGAGUAACUGUUGGGUCAGUGGUGGUCCGUAUGCAAGUUGCCCGUAUGAAAAGGUCAUUUCCAGAAGAAAUUUCGUGAAAAUGAUGGUGCCUGCAUCGGUUUGUUCCUUUGCCCUAUUGUGUAUUGUCGUUUACUUGAGCGUAUUGAAGGUCCCUAUUUAUGAUAAUAGGAAGAAUUGGAGGAGAGUUAUCAAUAAGAUCUCGAAAUCGGAACUGGAAGGUGUACCUUCCUAG